UUCUUUUCCGUUUAGAGUUUUCAUUUGAACAUUUAAAGCAGCUCAGACUUGCAGUUUAUCAGCAAGAGAGAAGACGCGAAAGAUGUCCAUCGUGAAAACCACCGUGAAUCUCCAGAGGAUUGACUGGCUGCUGCCGAAAGGUGCAGUCAGUGUGCGGAUCGCCCCGGAAUACAUCCCCGGUCCAGUUGGCCGAGGACAAACCAGUUCCAGUGAUGCUGGCCGUCGGAAGAAGUGCCGCACCAGGCCGCCGGCAGCCAGCUCCCUGACCACGUCUGCCUCUCCUGGAUCUGCUGCCAUCCCGGUGGCAACCAGCAGGGGUCAGCAGGGCACAGGCCGCCGUAGAAAUACGGCGGGAGGCCGGUCAGGGCGAAGAAGGAGGUAUGACCAACAGAAGGGGUUAGAGCCUAAGCCCAGCUCACCAACCUUCUCCUCCUCUUCAUUUUUAUUUCCGUCUUCAGCCCCCUCCUCUUUUGUUUCAUCCCCAUUUCUUUUUAUGGGCUCCUCUGUUUUAUCCCCACACUUAGUCACACCUGUAAGCCCAGCUCCACAUCCAUUUUCAGCUCCAGGCAUGGUUCAUCUGACCCCUCUGCUUCAGGCUCCAGCACAGGCUGUAGCCGCCUCAUCUCACCUGGAAAAAUUCUAUUGGUUGUAUAACUAUUAUGUAACCAAGUACUCUAAAAUGACCUAUGACGCCAAGUGCUUUACUGAGUACUGGUGUCAGGAGUUUUGGAACAGACAUUUAAAUGAAAUUAACUUAGCGAAACAGGGGAAGAAUGAGGAUAAUGAGGGUACUCAUUCAUCCAAGAGGCGUAGGAUUGAUGAAGAUGAGUUCAUCUUUCCUAUUGAUGCACUGGAGCAGCUAAGUACCAUGCCCAGGGCUCAGGAGAUGGGUGUGGAGAUGGGCUAUCAGUCAGAUGCACAUAGCUACAUUUCCCUGUAGAUUCAGCACAUAAUUACACGAGAGUUGUCAUACAUAC